AUGGAAAACAACACUUUACAAAAUGAAAUAAUAGUGCAAGAUGAAAACAACGGGGUGCUAACUUCAAUGCAUAAGAAGCUGGACUCCUUGAAUGUUUCCUUUAACGAGGAUUGGUGCAUUUAUAAAGUUCCUGAAUAUUUGUUGAAGGGGUAUGAAUAUUUUUAUCAGCCUUUAUUGAUGUCGAUUGGUCCCGUAUUCUAUAAAGAUCCAAAACUAGAACCCAUGCAAAAGGUUAAAUGGAUUUACUUGAAAAGGUUCCUUCAACAUCCCGAGAAUGCUUGCCAAAACUUGAAUCCUUACAUUGAUUAUGUAAGGGAUAAGAAAGGAGAAAUCUGCAGAUGUUAUCAGCAAGAAAGUAGGCUAUCUAGCGAUGAGUUUGUUGAAAUGAUAGUGCUUGAUGCUGCAUUCCUGGUCUACCAUUGCUUGAUGAACUGGUUUUACUCGUUUGAUGAACCUUUAGUUGGGAAUAAUUUAAUAGCACAAAUGGCUUAUGCGAAUAAUGAUUUAUUUCGGUUGGAGAACCAAAUUCCUUAUUUUGUUCUCAAGGGAUUCUUUCAUAUAGCAUUUGGUCACAUCUACCCACCUAUUACUCUUAUUCGUGCUACUCUUACCUUCAUAGACAGUCUAUCAAGAGUACUAUUGAAGGUAAUAAAAUUACAGUUGAAUCAAACAUUAAACAUUUAUUAG